AUGCCAGGGACAAUCCUGCCCCCGAGAUCCCACCGGCAACACGCUCAGAUGGACCGAACGUCGGCCUCAGGGCCGGACCUCUACCUGAUUGCCGAUCAGGAUACUGUCUAUGAACAGGAUCUCCUUCGCAGUCCCGGUAGCAUCAAGCCAUGGCUUGCCUAUAUCGAAUAUAAACAGCAACAUGGCACGCUCUACGAGCAAGCCUUUGUCAUGGAGCGUGCGUGCAGAGAAUUGCCGAGAUCUUACAAGCUGUGGAAAAUGUACCUCGAAUUCCGGACACACCACCUAAAGGGCCGCAACGCGACUGUCUAUCGGGCCGAAUACCAGAAAGUGAACGCGCUCUUCGAGCGUGCUCUCAUCCUGCUCAAUAAGAUGCCGCGGAUAUGGGAAAUGUACCUCUCUUUCCUGCUCCAGCAGCCUCUUGUCACGCAAACUCGACGGACAUUCGAUCGUGCACUGCGAGCUCUGCCAAUCACACAACACAAUCGGAUUUGGAAGCUCUACAAGACUUUUGCGCGUUCCGCGUCAGGCCAGACCGCUGUGAAGAUCUGGGCUCGGUACAUGCAGAUUCACCCUGAGAAUGCCGAGGAGUACAUCCAAUUGCUCGUCGAUAUGGGCCAGUACACGGAGGCCGUGAAGCGGUACAUGGAGAUCCUCGACAACCCCCGUUUUCAGUCCAAGGAAGGAAAGAGUAACUUUCAGCUGUGGACGGAGAUGGUUGAUUUGUUGGUAUCAAAGGCAAAGCAGAUCGAGACUGGCCCUCAGGUAGGAAUUGAUGUUGACGCCAUUUUGCGCAGCGGCAUUGAUCGGUUUGCCGACCAGAGGGGCAAGCUGUGGGCUGGCUUGGCCACGUACUGGAUCACCAGAGGCAAUUUCGAAAAAGCUAGAGAUGUCUUUGAGGAAGGUAUCACGACGGUCAUGACAGUCAGAGACUUUACCCUGAUCUUUGACUCUUAUGUCGAAUUCGAGGAGUCUAUUAUCGGAAGCUUGAUGGAGUCAGCAGCAACUCGAACUGACAAAGGACAAAGUGACGAAGAAGCCGACUUCGACCUUGAUCUGCGAAUGAUGCGAUUUGAGCAACUGAUGGAUCGACGACCGUUCCUUGUUAACGAUGUGCUUCUCAGGCAGAACCCCAACAAUGUCAUUGAGUGGGAGAAGAGAGUGGCCCUCUGGGGAGACAACAAGCACGAAGUCGUGCAAACAUAUACAGCAGCUAUUGCAGCUAUCAACCCCAAGAAGGCCCAUGGCAAAUUCUCCGAACUCUGGGUCAACUAUGCCAAAUUCUACGAGAAUGGAGGCGACCUAGACACAGCUAGGGUUAUCUUCGAAAAGGCUGUUAAGGUUCCCUAUAAAUCAGUGGCUGAACUGGCCGAGACAUGGUGCGAGUGGGCGGAAAUGGAACUCCGGAGCGAGAACUUCGACAAGGCCGUAGAGAUCAUGGCGAAGGCAACACAAGCACCGAAGAAAUCGACUGUGGACUAUUUCGACGAGAACCUGUCACCUCAGCAACGUGUGCACAAGAGCUGGAAGUUGUGGAGUUUCUACGUCGACUUGGUAGAAAGCGUGUCUUCCCUGGAGGAGACCAAGAAGGUGUACGAAAGGAUUUUCGAACUGCGCAUCGCUACCCCUCAAACCGUCGUCAACUACGCCAAUCUCCUGGAGGAGAACAAAUACUUCGAAGACUCCUUUAAGGUAUACGAACGUGGAUUGGAUCUCUUCAGUUACCCAGUUGCAUUCGAGCUGUGGAAUCUCUACCUGACCAAGGCCGUUGACCGGAAGAUUGGAAUCGAGCGACUCCGCGAUCUGUUUGAACAGGCGCUGGAUGGAUGUCCUCCCAAAUUUGCAAAACCCCUGUACUUGAUGUACGGCAACCUGGAAGAGGAGCGCGGUCUGGCCAGACAUGCCAUGAGAAUCUAUGAGCGUGCUACCCGGGCCGUCUCCGACGAGGACAGAUUCGAGAUGUUCGAGUUCUACAUCACGAAGUCGGCUUCAAACUUCGGAUUAACUUCCACGAGACCCAUCUACGAACGGGCCAUUGCAGCCUUGCCCGACCAAGAAGCGAAGGAAAUGUGCCUCAAGUUUGCAGAAAUGGAGCGGAGACUCGGAGAAAUCGACCGGGCCCGUGCGAUCUAUGGACACGCGUCUCAAUUCUGCGAUCCGCGUACCAAUGCGCCCUUCUGGCAGAAAUGGGAGGCAUUCGAAGUCCAGCAUGGAAACGAGGACACCUUCAAGGAGAUGCUUCGUAUCAAGCGCAGUGUUCAAGCACAGUACAACACCGACGUCAACUUCAUCGCUUCCCAGGCGAUUGCCCGCAGUCAACAGCGGACCCAAGACGGCGGCAAAGACAACGAGCAAGAUGGCGAGGACGCGGCGGCGGAGCGUGCAGACGCAAUGGCAGCAUUGGAGCGACAGGCUUGUGCCCCCGUGGGCUUUGUCGCCGCCAGCACCGGACCAGAAGGUGGCAACCGGCCACCUCCAGCUGGCCAGGAACAGCAGCCUUCGGCUGCUCCAGUCAACCCGGAUGCGAUUGACCUCGAUGACGACAUGGAUGCUGACUAG